UUUUGUAGGCGUCAGCAAAUUUUCAUUUCGGCUGGAGACCGCUUCGUAUAAAAGCGAGCGGGGAAUCCCAACUAUAAAUGAUAAAUCAUAACGAUUUCUCAGUUUAUGAGAGUAUUUCGGUUUUCGCACAGCUAAUCGCGAAUUCGAAUCGGUAUCAGGACAAUUUUGUGUCUAUUUGGCCGAUUAUUGCGAGCGGACUAGGUGAUCGUCUGGAAUUUCGUGAUUUCACUUUGCUCUCAUCUUCUCCUCUGCAUCUGGGAUUCUUGCGUCUUUCCGUACGUUUGAGAUUCUGUGGUCGCUGUGGUGACACCAUCCUUUUCUGUUUCUGUGAUAAGUAGUUCAGAUCUCAAAGAACUGUCGUAAAAUGCCACCAAAGAAAGCUUCGCCCAAGAAAUCUGCAGUUGUGCACAGUCCUAAGCGCAAAAGCAGCGACGAUCACUCUACCGACGAACCUAAGAGCAAAACGAUGAAGACAUCUCAGUGGAAGGAUCUGGGAGAGGGAUUGUUCGUUUGGUCUAGUGAGAACAGCAUCCAGCCUCGUAAAAAGCUGGCUGGUUUCGAUUUGGAUGGAACACUGAUUACAACUAAAUCCGGGAAAGUGUUUGCCACUGGUGCCAGUGAUUGGCAGUUCCUGUAUCCCGAAGUUCCUAACAAGUUGAAGGAUCUCUACAACAAAGAGGAUUUCAGAGUUGUCAUAUUCACGAAUCAGGGCGGUGUGUCAAAAGGGAAGGUGAAUUUUGGGGAAUGGCAGAAGAAAGUGGAGGACAUCGUUAAGAAGAUUGGCAUCCCGAUGCACGUCUUCGUGGCCACCGACAAGGGCAUGAAUCGGAAACCUUGUCCGGGAAUGUUCCACACGUACGCCAAAGAUUUCAAUGGAGGGAUUGAAGUUGAUAUGAAGAACAGCGUCUUUGUAGGAGAUGCUGCUGGAAGACCGGCAAGUGCUACCCAGAAAAAGAAAGAUUUCUCUCUGGCUGACCGCUUGUUCGCAUUGAAUUGUGGAUUGCCAUUUAAAACACCUGAAGAAUUUUUCUUGAACCGCAAACCGGAAAAGUACGAGAUUACGUCUUUCGAUCCGAAAGCCUACUUGGCCGAUGUUGCUGCUGGGAAGAUCGUCUUGUUAUCUCCCGCUGUGCCCCUUUCGCCGGCCUCGCAGGAAGUUAUCGUUUUGGUCGGCCUGCAGGGCAGUGGAAAGAGUCAUUUUGCUCGGGAAUAUUUGAAAGCCGGCAGCUACGUGCAUAUUAAUCGGGACACCUUGAAGACGUGGCAGAAGUGUGUGGCGGCAACUGAUAAAGCUCUGCAGGAGGGCAAGAGUGUCGUGGUGGAUAAUACCAAUCCUGAUAAGGAGUCACGCGACCGAUAUAUCAGUUUGGCUAAAAAAUAUCACGUGCCAUGUCGUUGUUUUGUGUUCACCACUUCCAUUGAACAUGCCCAGCAUAACAAUACGUUUCGUGAAAUCAUCGACCCAACCCAUGACGUAGUCCCAGAGAUGGUCUAUAGAAUGUGGAAAGGCAAAUACACCUCGCCGACGGUCUCCGAAGGGUUUUCUGAGGUGGUUCAAGUACAAUUUAUUCCCAAAUUCACCAGUAAAGAGCAUGAAGAGUUGUACAGCAUGUUUCUUAUGGAAAAGUGAUACUGAGAGGUGUGAAACUGGAUAAAUUGGUGCAUUAAUGGUGAUAAUAUUACGUACUUCUGAUAUGGAAACGUCAUUUUUUUCUUGGGAUUUCUUUCAUGAAUGGUUAUAGUUACUUUACUGUAGUUUUUCUAAAUACUGUCGUAAUGCCGGCAAAUGGGGUUAGGGGGCAUCCAUAAAUUACGUACGCAGAAAACCACGAUUUUUUCACCCCUCCCUCCCCCUUCGUAGCGGUCCGUCACAUUUGCUUGACCCCUCCCCCCUGGUUCGUUCAAUCGUAAUAUAUGGAGCUGACCACCCCCUCCCCCCUGGGUUCGUCGAGGCCGUCACAGCUUGUCACGCUUUUUGGACCCCUCCCUCCCUGGUUCGCUGCGUACGUAAUUUAUGGAUCCCCCCUUAUAUGUUAGUUUGUUGCUAUAUGGCGUUCUGCACUUGGGAAACAACUUGGAGUGGCUGUAUAAAUAUUUAUGGUUCAUGUUUAAAGCUACUUCCACUGAUCUGUAUAUGUUCUAAAGCUUUGU